GGACAAUAAGAAAAAAAAUAAUAUAAAAAAUAUCGUACAUCGAGAUGAGGAAAGAAGAAGAGUGGAGGGGGAAACGGCUAUAAGAGCACCGGUCUCACCAGAUCUCACAGCAGAACUAGCUGUACUCCUGGAAAUAACCUUGUUCGAAAUGUCCACCCAGACCGUCUUGAGAUACAACGGAUCGGCAGAGAGGCAUUUCCCUCGACAGAACAGCCUAUCCGAGAAGUCGGGUCCUCAACCCCUCAAGAACAUUGGAAAUGUCGCCGAUUUCACUAGACCUCAGAAGAACAAAUACACAUACGAGGUCGUAGAAGGCAUAGCAAAAUGGUUGCAAGAAAGAACUUCAAUAAAGCCCAAAAUUGGAAUAAUUUGUGGAACUGGACUUGGAGGUCUCACAGAUGAAAUAACUGACAAAGAAGAAUUCCCGUACACAGAUAUUCCUCUUUUCCCAUCAAGUACAGUAGCUGGCCACGCAGGAAAACUUGUGUUUGGGCGCCUAGAAGAUAAGGAAGUUAUCUGUUGCAGUGGAAGGUUCCAUUAUUAUGAAGGAUACAAUAACUAUCAGGUCACAUUAAGUAUAAGGGUAAUGAAGAUACUUGGAGUAACUCAUCUUGUUAUGUCAAAUGCGGCUGGUGGUCUCCCGAGUGACUACAAUGUUGGCGAUAUCAUGAUCUUGAAGGAUCACAUUAAUUUCAUCGGUAUGGCUGGUGGGAGCCCUCUCAGAGGACCUAAUGAUGAAAGGUGGGGUGAACGGUUCAUAUCUACAACACACAUUUAUAAUAAAGAAAUGCGUGAACAGGCAAAGAAGGCUGCCGAGGAAUGUGGUCUUGGACCUUACCUGAAGGAAGGAGUUUACUGUAUGGUUGGAGGUCCAAAUUUUGAAACAGUAGCUGAGUGUCGAAUGCUCAAACUCCUAGGAGGUGAUGCAGUUGGAAUGAGCACAGUAGCUGAAAGCUUAGUGGCUGCCCAUUCUGGUAUCACAGUUUUUGCAUUCUCACUCAUCACAAACAUGUGCUGUAUGGAAUACGAUGACCAAUCACCACCAAAUCAUGAGGAACAUCUGAUGAUUGGAAAGCAAAGAACGGCCUUGAUUCAAGCAUGGGUUCGAAACCUAGUUGGAAAAAUCCAGUUGAAUCAAGCAUAAUUUGUACCAACAUCUGUUUUUUAAUGUGGAUCACAAGAUAAUUGUGUUCGGAAAAUUGAUUCUAGAAGUAGGAGAGUUUACUAUUGUUGAAAGUAUUUUUCUAUUUAUUUACUAGUGUUAUAUAUAUUAAUUUAAAAUUCAUUGUUGUAUAAUGAUUUUAAUAAAGGCUUGUGAUGAGCAAUUACAUAGAUUAGACUGAUUAUAUGAAAUUUAAGAAGAUUAUUUGUACAUUUUUAUGCUUAUUUAUAUAGAAAAUAAUUGUAUUUUAGAACAUUCUAUUUAAGUUUUUAAGAUUUUUAUGUAAAUAUAGUAGAAAAAUUAUUUUUUUAAUAACUAAUUCUUAGCAUUGAGCUAGUUCCUGUAAAAUCUAAACGAAUUUUUAGAAAAUAAACGAUUUUUAAUUAUUAA